GUGAAUUGAUGACUUUUUUUUUUUAAAUCUCCUCAUCUCCAGGAAGGACCAUGGGCGAGAUAUCUGGAAGGUUUUUGGCACCGCGCGUUUCAAUGGGCCAGGACUGGUAGGAAAAGUGACAGGACGUGUGACAAACUUGCUGCAUGCUGCCAGUGUCUUCAAUCCCGUUCACAUCCAUCACCGGGCAAAGGAGGAACGUCCACACACUCUGCGCAAAAAGAGCAAACAGCUCCUCCACAAUACAAACCAAUAUGGACAACACUUAUUCCCACCGCUAUCGAGCUGAGAAGAUACUGGCGGCCACUUCUACUGAGAGAGAGAGCCUGCAUACCAGCGACGCUAUGGUCAACACGUCCAAACCAUUGGCUUUCUCCAUUGAGCGAAUUAUGGCCAGGACUCCAGAACCCAAGUACUUCCCUUACCCAAACUUACUGCAUGGAGCGGGAGCCAAAGGAGAGCCCAAGCACGUGUUCCACCUCAACUCCUCGAUGCCCUGUAUGAUCCCACUCUUGUCCUUGGCUUACGACAGCAACGCGAAGGGCGGCCUAGCCGAGCACCGCAAAAGCCACCUGGAGGCCUCUUCCUAUGACUGCAGCCACUUGGUCAACUGCGGCUUGCCCUCCAAAGCGGAGGUGGCCACCCCCUCGCCGCCUCUGGACCACUACCGGCUCAUCCGUCCGCGGGUGGUCAACCAGUCGUCCUUCCACGCCAUGGGAGCUCUGUGCUACCUGAACUACAUCGACGGGGGGCCGUGCCCGCCACCGGCCACCACCGCCGCCGCCGCCGCCGCUGCCGCCUCCACCAUUUUCAACGUGCACCCUAUGGCGUCCUACCUGCUCGGCUCCCCCCUCGGCGUCCUCGCCGACAAGAACAAACUGGGGCUGCCCUCGGUCGACAGGUACCCCACGGCUUUCAAAGACCUCUCGCCCUCCCAGCUCCAACACUGCGUGAAGGAGAACGCGCACUUUCUGUCGGAAAAGCUGAGCCUCAAACACUCUUCCAAACUCAGCAGCAGUCCGCCGAACAGCAGACCCAAAGUCUUCACCUGCGAAGUUUGUGGAAAGGUUUUCAACGCACAUUAUAAUUUAACCCGUCACAUGCCGGUCCACACGGGAGCCAGGCCGUUCGUUUGCAAAGUCUGCGGCAAAGGUUUCCGCCAAGCCAGCACCCUGUGCCGACACAAGAUCAUACACACCCAGGAGAAACCGCACAAGUGUAAUCAGUGCGGUAAAGCGUUCAACAGAAGUUCCACGCUCAACACACACACCAGGAUCCACGCCGGCUAUAAGCCCUUUGUUUGCGAGUUCUGCGGGAAAGGAUUUCACCAAAAAGGUAACUACAAGAACCACAAGCUGACUCACAGCGGGGAGAAGCAGUUCAAAUGUAGCAUCUGCAACAAAGCUUUCCACCAGAUCUAUAACCUGACCUUCCACAUGCACACUCACAACGACAAGAAACCCUUCACCUGUUCCACCUGCGGCAAAGGUUUCUGUCGGAACUUUGACCUGAAAAAACAUGUCAGGAAAUUGCACGACAACGGCCCGGGAUCUCGCCCGUCCACGGCAGAAUUUCCUUUCAACGAACAGCCUCGGAAAUAAGACUUUGCAGACACGCAAUGAACUUUCGUUCAUAAAAAACUGUUAACUGCUAAGAACUCUUUGCAUGCGGAGUUACAUUAUAUACAACACGAUUAUCGGCUCGUGCACCGAGAAUUGUUGAGUUUUAUCUGGAAAAAGUUCUGGACAAAAAAAAAAGUCAUUUCAUCUCAGCUUCGUCUUUUAAAAAAAUUAUAAUGUAUUUAUUUGGAUUCUAUUCGUCUGCUGCUGCAUGGAUUUUGUCCGUUUGGGAAUCUCCCCUCUCCCCCCUCCCCACCCCCUAAUUUAAUCUAAUCGCAGAUUAGAUUCGCGCUCAAUGGCCAUAAAUGGAGAAACUGGAGAUGAAUCGCUACACUGAUCGCUCGCUAGCCCGCUCUCUCUCUCUAAUCCUGCAAACGCAUCCCGUCCCUUCAUUCUGCUGCAGACUGGCCCGUACAUAUCAGGAGGAGAGAUGAUUGCGACGGGACUCCAGGUGUAUCUUAUGGUGAUCAAAUAAAUUCUUGUAAAGCU